CUCUCUCUCUCUCUCCCUCUCUCUUUCUUUAUCCAUCUCCAUUUAUACCUACAGCCAUUCUUCCCUUCGUUUUCAUGGAAGAGGAAAGAGAUAUUGCAUUCUCUCUCUAGGCAAUACACCUCUCUCUCUUUCUUCCGCUGGGUCAGUAUCUUUCUUUUCGUGCCUAGCAAUCUGGGAAUCCUGCAAUUAUGGCUGCACCUCUUCCCGCGAUGCUGCAGCAUUUAUUAUUUGCCAUUCUCCUAUCUCCAGGCCUGCCUUCUCACUGUCUUGUUCUCUCUCUCUCUAGUUUCUUUGUUAUAUAGUCUUCGAACAUUGUACCCCUGGAAAUCAUAACCCACUCAUGACCUAAUAAUCACGGAAAAAAGCUUCUAUUUAUCCCAGUACUCCCACUCGAUUUCCUUCUCAUCCCUCACUCUACUCCACCACCUCUGGCUCUCUUUCCAGCCCUUCUUUCUUCCAAGAAGCUGCUCUUCAUUUAGGAGUUAAUUCUCAGCAGGGAAACUCUUUACAUAUUGCUGAUCCCGAUCUUCCACCUUCUGCCUCAUCGAGCUCAAAUGUCAACCAUCUACCCUGAUCUCUCACUCCACAUCAGUCCACCAUCGGUCUCCGUCGACGGAGCUUCGAUGAUGGGGGCUUUUGGGGGGGAGGCAGGUACGAUCUCUGGUAGCAGCGAGGGCGACAUGGGACACGAUCAAGCCUUCUUGCAGAAUGACCACGGCGGGGAGUUAAACCAUGCUGAACCGAGGUUGAGCCUAGGGCUCCGGUCACCAGGGUCAAGUCUCAGCAAUCACCAUGAGAAGCUUCAUCGUCCUCAGAUCUGUGGAUUUAAGCGGAGUUCGAGGUCGGCCCAUGGAGGAAAGAGGAGCGUUAGGGCUCCGAGAAUGAGGUGGACGUCCACCUUACACGCACAUUUCGUUCAUGCGGUGAAGCUCCUCGGCGGCCACGAGAGAGCUACGCCAAAAUCAGUGUUGGAGCUGAUGAACGUCAAGGAUCUCACACUUGCUCAUGUAAAGAGCCAUCUGCAGAUGUACAGAACAGUGAAGAGCACUGACAGAGGAGAGGCAGGUCAAGGUCAGGCAGAUAUGGGCAUUAGCCAGAGGACAGGGAUGGAGGAAGUGGAGGGAGGACUGCCAUGUGAUAAAGCUGGGAGUGAGAUCACUUCAUCUUAUCAUUCCCUCAGCACACCAACCCCACCAACCACACAGGUCAAAUCUCCUAGAGAGAUAUAUCCAUCUGCAGAGAGGCAUGCUUGGAACCCAUCAAUCAAACAAAAUGGAUUGGCAUAUCCCUUCUUCAGAAGUGAUGAUUUGCUAAGCAAUGACUACCAGGCACUGGUGGAAGAUCAACCCCAAGCACUUACCCAGUCACAGGAACAACGGCUAAACCUGGUGCCAAACUCCAUUGGUGCUGCACAUACCAAGAUGCCUGACCUUGAAAUCUCCUUAGGCAGCCAUGACGCUUCUAAAAUGCUUGUGAAUUAUAUAGCUUGAUCAUUUAAAGAAAUCUGGAAGAAAAAGGAGAAAGAGAUCCUGAUGGUACUGAGAUAACUUGUUUUGGUGGUGUUCAAGUUUUGCUUGGAAGAUGAUGAACUCUCGCUGUCGAGAAUCUGCAGGAGAGCCAAACACAACCGGUGAGUUAUGUGCCUGUAAAGUCUGGUCUCUGGAUAAUUUAGGGUGUGACUGUGUAGAUCAUUCUGACAAGACUCUGAAACAUUUCACAUCUAAGUAGAAGAAAUGUUCCUAAAAUAUUAAGAAAAAGAUCUUUCCCGUUCAACUUCCAAUCCAGCAUUUAUUUGAUUAGUCCGCGGGCUUUAAGAACCAUGGGAUUAGUAGAUCAAAAGGGUAAGGCAAGUUCUUGAUUCAGUGGACAAUUACUAUGGGUAUGUCAUGGCUGCUGCUGCUGCCUCCUCGCAUCAUGCUUGCAGUCAAACCUCAGCAGCAGCAGCAGCAGAAGUCAAUUCCUUCGAGCUUCAUGUCAAUAAUAAAGUAUAAGGAAAAGAAAAUUGUAGGGGAAUGAAAAGAAGGGAACAUCCCGUUCAAGAGGCUUCUGCAGUCUCAUUCAAGAAGUCCUCAUCUUGUAAUUUCUAGCAGAACAGGUAGUGAAUUCGCCAUGUAGAGCUUGAUGGAGAUAUGCAGUGGGGAGCUCGACAAGCUGCGGGGCGAACGCCACGACAUCUUCUCUUCUCCUGGGAGUUCAGGCCUGAGUGUGGAGAAGGGCAUAGUGACGAGAAAGGGAGAGAGGCUUCUCUUCUUAGCUUCCCAGUUCUAAGCCAUGCCACGAAGAGCAAAUUGUUGCAGCAAUCAUAAGAUUGCUCUGUCUUUGAAACCACUCUGCCACUUCUUGUAGACUGCUUCAGCAUUUAGAACAAGCAUUUGAGACAUGUAUCAGCUUCAAAAUAUUCGGUAUAUAUAAUCUUCAAUGAUCUAACAA